AAAGAAAGAAAGAAAAGGAAAUAAAAGAAAGGAAAUAAAGAAAAUAAAGAAAGGCAGACAGAACGACAGACAGAAAGACAACGGGGGGGGUGGGGGGGAGCAUGGCCCGCCUGUGAGCCCAGCAAGCAGCAGGGAAGGCACGCGCCGGCCACAGACACAAAAUGGAGAAAGAGGAACCGAGAGGGACAGGAAGGAGGGAGGCACGGGAAGGGAGGGUAGGAUAAAAACGGUCCAGGGUCGGCGAGUUAAAGGAUGCGAGAAGGAGAACCAAGGAAUCGCAAGCUCCUUGAAAGGAAGAUGAGGAGGCCAAGGCGGCGCUGGGACCCGGCUACUCCGGGGGUCCAGGCUCCAUUUCCAGCAGCGCCAUAUUCUCGCAGCCCUUCAUCGUGGUUGGUUUUUCCCUUGGGCGGCUGGGAACCUGUGCCAGCGGGUUUCUGCGGCUCGGGCCGAGGACUUGGUGGCAGUUGGGGACCCUCGUGCCAUCUAUACCUUCCUUGCAGGGCUGCAGUGUGCAGGGCCCAGCUGGGGGCCACCGUGCCUGUCUCUGCCUGGCCAGCACUGUCCUUUCCUCCAAACCCCAUCCUCGCUGGAGCUAAGAAAGGCCCAGGGCGCCUGGCGUCCUCCCUCUUUCGGGGAGCCAGCGGGCCGCGACACUCAAAGCCGGAGAACCCUGAGGCCAGAGCCCCGCGCCGGCCGCGAUCCACGUUGUGGACCAGGCCGGGGCCUCGGGCUUCGUCCCGGGCGGGUGGGAAGGACUCAUGCUGGAGGGGAGAAGGUGACCGCUCCCUCAGGACCACAGCAAGAGCCACUCACGAUCACCGCAUCGCCCGGGGCAGUUCGGUGGGCUCCGUCCUGACUUUGCGCCUGAAAGAAAACUUCUUCAGGCUGUUUGUCCUCCUUUCCUGACCAUCUCUACCAACACAGAACAGUGUCGGUCACACUUCCCGAGGCCAAUGGUGCCUGUCACCCACCCGCGGUCAUUUCAGACCCGAGCACAAACACACCCCAAACUUGGCACCUCCAAGUCCAGGAUGCGCACAGUGGCUCCCUCAAACCGGCAGCUGGCUUCGGGUACUGUAGCGGGUAUCUCCUCACUCUUAACCCGAUUUUGACUUUUGAAACUUUUCUGUUACAUUGAA